ACCUACGACUACAUCAUCGUGGGGGCGGGGGCCGCCGGCUGCGUUCUCGCCAACCGCCUCUCCGAAAACUCCCACCACAAAGUCCUGCUCCUCGAGGCGGGCGGCUCGGAGAACGUCGUCACCGACAACCCCCAGUCAAUCUUCAUGCUCCAGCAGACCCCCAUCGACUGGCAGUUUCGAACCACGCCCCAAAAGCACUCCUGUUUCGGCCUGGUGGACCGGAGAAUGGCCUGGCCCCGGGGCAAGGUCCUCGGCGGCACUUCCACCAUCAACUACAUGCUCUACGUCCGCGGAAACCGCUUCGACUUUGACAACUGGAAUAAUUAUGGGAACGCGGGCAUUCCCGAAGCCACCGGCGUCACCUUUGACCGCUUUGGAGAACGGCACAGCGUCCACGCCCGAAAGGAGGUGAUCAUCUCAGCGGGCGCCAUCAAAUCGCCCCAUCUGCUGAUGCUUUCCGGAAUAGGUCCAAGACGGGAGCUGGAACGCUUUGGAAUUCCCGUCCUGGCGGACCUUCCGGUGGGCCGGAACCUUCAGGACCAUCAGAUGAUGUUUGGGCUGAACUUUGUCGCUGAGGCGACCAAACCGAAAGACGACGGCCACAAAUUCCGCAAAGUCGUCGGCCUCACUGACCAAAUGUGGACCACCGUUUUCGCGCCCUUUGUCCAGCGAGAGUGCUUCACCGCCUUCCCGGUCAUUCUGCAGCCUCGAAGUGUGGGCUACAUUGGCCUCGCCAGCACCGAUCCCUACGAUCACCCACUCAUCGAGCCAAAUUACUACGCCGUAGAGGAGGACCUCGAGGCGACGGCAGAGGCCCUGGAGAUGACCUACAAAAUGAUAGCCCAUUCGCCGGCUUUCAGAAGGUUCGGUGUAGUCCCCAGCGACAUCGUCAUCCCCGGCUGCGAGCACUACCUUCCGCUGUACAGCCGCCCGUACAUGAGGUGUCUGGCGCAGGUGCUGACCGCCUCGUUGAACCACUCGGCGGGCACCUGCAAGAUGGGCCCCGUGGAUGAUCAUAGAACCGUGGUCGACCCGCAGCUGAGGGUGAAAGGCGUGAGGAAGUUGCGGGUGGUCGAUGGGUCGAUCAUGCCGGCCAUCACUAGUGGGAACACUAAUGCCCCGGUGAAUAUGAUCGCGGAGAAGGCGGCCGAUCUGAUCAAGGCUGGAGAUCAA